CAAACAAAUAAGUGUUCCUUUCUUCAACUCUUCAUCAACCACAAUAUAUACUGAGAAAAGCUUCAAGCUCAGAUAUGGCUUUCCACCAAAGAUCGAUAAGUUUGCCUUCUAGGCCUCACGUCAGUGAGACCCAAGUCGAGCAAGAGCUUCACAGCCUAGAAGCAAGCAUCUCUUCCUCCAAUUCCAUCAGCAUGAUGUGCGAUGGUCUCAGGAAUCUUGCAAACAUCUACGAUGGUCUUGAAGAGAUUAUUUGCCUACCAAGCCACCAUGUUUUCUCCUCCCAGCAGAGGAACAUGUUGGAUGGAGAAAUGGAAGGUUCUCUUGAGCUGCUAGAUCUCUGCAGCGUCAUGCAAGAGAUCUUCGCCGAGAUGAAGGCCAUCAUCCAAGAGCUGCAAGUGGCUCUAAGGAAAGGGGAUGAUGCAGCUACUCAAGCCAAGAUCCAGUCUUACACCCGCUUGGCGAAGAAGGCCAAGAAUCAUUUCAAGAAGACCGCGAAGAAGACUUCUGUAGAUUGCAGGAUGGUCAUGCUCUUGGCCAAGGCCAGGGAGAUCUCUGUCUCUCUGCUGGAGUCCACACUCCGUCUCUUGUCGAAGCAAAUUGAAAUGCCUAAACAGUCUCUUGUUUUCAAGGCAUUUCACAAAAAGAAGUCAGUUUUCUGCAAGGAAGAGCAAUUGUCAGAGUUAGAGUGCAGUAUCGUACAUCUUGAGAUCGGAGCAGGACAUCUGUUCAGGAAGUUAGUCCAGAGCAGAGUUUCUCUACUCAACAUCCUUAGCUCAUAGAUACUCCCAAGUCACUCUUGACGACCUCCGAUUGGCAUCCGCCUUUUAAGGAAUAGCUGAUCUUCAUACAAUGUUCCCAUGUGU